UCUCUCUUUAUUUAUCACUCUCUCGCUAUUUAACUGGUACUCAGGUAUCACGUGAUAAACCUAUAACAUGGCUGCUGAAAUUAAGCCCGUUAGUCUUGGUAAGCAAGGAAAUGUACGAAAACCCGUUUUGGUUAACAAAUUGGAAGGUUAUAGUGAUAAUGUCAACAUGGCUGUAUUUAUUCCCCACGAAGAUGGGGUGAUUAGCAUCUGUGAUGACAGGACUGUGAGAAUAUGGUUGAAGCGAGACACUGGACAGUAUUGGCCAAGUGUAUGCCAUUCUAUGCCCUCUGCUGCAACUGCUAUGGAUUAUAAUGGUGAAACCAGACGGCUAUUCGUUGGUCUAGAUAAUGGUACAAUAUCGGAGUUUACAAUUUCUGAAGAUUAUAAUCGGAUGACGCAUGUCAGGGAUUAUCUUGCCCAUUUUGGUCGAGUAAAUGCUAUUAUAUUUUCAUUGAGCUGUGAAUGGGUCCUUAGCUGUGGCAGGGACCGCUAUUUCCAGUGGCAUUGUUCAGAAACUGGUCGACGAUUAGGAGGAUAUCAAGCCACUUCAUGGUGCCUCUGCCUUGAAUUUGAUGAGCAAUCAAAAUAUGCCUUUGUUGGAGAUUAUUCUGGACACAUAUCUGUGUUAAAAGUUAAAAACAACUGUUUUGAUUUAAUUACUACUUUCAAGGGACAUUCAGGAAGUGUACGAAGCCUGAGUUGGGAUUCCUCUAGAAAAUUACUCUUCUCUGGUAGUUUUGACCAAUCCAUCAUUGUGUGGGAUAUUGGUGGCCGAAGGGGGACUGCCUUUGAAUUGCAAGGACAUCAUGACAAAGUUCAAGCUUUAAUAUACUGCCCAAUUUCUAACCAAUGCUUGUCUGGUGGUGAUGAUUGUAUGGUAGCAUUUUGGAAUAUGUAUGGGAAACGAGUUGAGACUCCAGAUUGGGCUGAAAGUGAUAUUUGUCAAAAGUGUGAUGCACCAUUCUUUUGGAAUGUUCAGAAAAUGUGGGAGCAAAAAGUAAUUGGUAACAGACAGCACCAUUGCCGAAAGUGUGGUCGUGCUGUAUGUGGCAAGUGUAGUGGUAACAAAACAACUAUUCCUCCACUUGGUUAUGAAUAUGAAGUACGUGUUUGUGAUCAAUGUUUCUCUGGCAUAACAGAUGAAGAAAGAGCUCCUCUUGCAACAUUUCAUGAUGCCAAGCAUAGUAUUGUAUACAUGCAUCUUGAUGCAACACGCAAAAGACUCCUCACAGUUGGUAAAGACAGACUUAUUAAGAUGUGGGAUGUAAGUAGUGUACUACAUUGAAAACAGUUGCCACAGAUUUAAAAUGGACUUUAUGGUUACCUUACAUUUCAUAUUUCUCUGGUCUUCUCACUGGGUUAGUUGAACAACCAGUACAUGAUAACUCAAAAUCUCCAACAGAAAUUAAAUACUUAAAUCAAAAUAUUUCUUGUGAUCCUCACCUGGUUUGAGACAACCUUUUGCCAGAGAGACUGAAAUCUUUUGAGAUUAAAUACCACAAAUUGCACCAUUCGAAAUUCUUGUUGCCAGAGAGGCUCUAAAGAAUAAUGAAUGCAUUCUCCUGUCUGAUAUCAAGUAUUGAUACAUACAGUAUCAAUUUUUUUUUUCUAUCCCUUCCCUCCUCAGAAUCAAUUUAAAAAUAAAGUACAUCAUGAUCACACUUUUCCACACGUAUUCUCAAAACAUUGCCCCCCCCCUCUCUCUCCAAUUCUUGCUACACAUUUAGUAAGUAGAAAGGAAAAAAGUGCUGAUACAAAACCAUUUUCUUUUAUAUAAUUUGUUAGUUAACUUCAGCCUACUUUUCCCGUGUUUCAGAAAAACCCUUACAAAUUCUUAACGGGGCAGAAAGAAUAAUUACUUUCUUCCUAUUAAAAAUAUCUGUGUUAAAACAACAGACAUGUCCAAACUUUACAAAAGUAUAUUCAAUCUCACACUUUGCUUCCUUUCUGUUAAGACAUUAUCUGAAUUCUGACUAUUGAUAGUUAUUUGUUGCGAUAUAUUAAUCAGAAAAUCAUGGGGGUGGGACUACAUUUGAAAUUUACAUGUAUAUGAAAUGUGUGUGUGUGUGCGUGCAUGUGUGUGUGUAUGAGGUAUAUACUUUACACUCAACCAAAUGUUAGUUUAAUUGUACAUGCAAGAAGAGAUCUUUGUUGUCCAAAAUAACUAUUUUUUAAACAACUUUAUCCUCUAAUAUUCUUUGUAAAUUAUUUUGUUUUUCAAGUUUAGGAUUGUAUAUUAUAAUAAAUUACCUUGCAAUAUUUUUCUUUAAUAUAA